CCUCUCUCCCCCCUUUAUAUCGUUUCUUGGUUUACUACACAUAUGGUUUUACAAGUAACAACUGCAAAUAACGUCAAAGUAUAUACCGUAUCAGGUGGUCUUGGUUCGAGAUCUAUUCCUGAUUGGCUUGUGCGUCAAAAAAAGAAAGCCUUGAAAAAGGACUUUGACUUUCGUACUCGUGUCGAACUCAUUCAGGACUUUGAAUUUCCCGAAGCUUCUAACCGUAUCAAAACAACUCGAGAUGGAAAAUACGUUGUUGCAACCGGUACCUAUAAACCACAAAUGCGUGUCUUUGAAUUUGCAGAUAUGUCCAUGAAGUUUGAACGCCAUACAGAUGCUGAAACAAUCAAUUUUGAGAUUUUAUCGGAUGAUUGGACAAAACAAGCACUUUUGCAGAAUGACCGUUCAGUUGAACUUCACGCUCAGGGCGGUAUUCAUUAUAGAACACGUAUUCCCAAAUUCGGCCGUGAUCUCGCCUAUCACUUCCCUUCUUGCGACUUAUUACUCAGUGCAUCCGGCUCCGAGAUUUAUCGUCUUAAUCUGGAUCAAGGUCGAUUCUUAAACUCAAUUCAAACAGAUGCAGAAGAAGGUGUUAAUUGUGUUGAAAUCAACCCAGCACAUCAAUUGUUUGGUAUGGGUACAGCAAGAGGCACGGUUGAAUUAUGGGAUCCUCGUUCAAAGUCACGCGUGGGUCUUUUAUCAAACCUAGAAGUACCUGCUGCUUAUGGUAGAGACGAUAACACAGUUUUGGAAGUAUCUGCACUCAAAUUCCGCCAUGAUGGGCUAACAAUGGGUGUCGGUACAACAACGGGUCAUACACUAUUAUAUGAUUUACGUUCAAAUGUACCUACAUUGGUCAAGGAUCACCAAUAUGGUUUCCCUAUUAAAACAAUUCAUUUCCAUCGUGGUACUGUUGCUGGUGCUAGUGACUCAGAAACAGGCGGUGAUAAAGUCAUUGUGGCUGAUUGUAAGAUCGUCAAAAUUUGGAAUCGUUCUACAGGCAAACAUUUCACUUCUAUUGAACCCGAGACUGAUAUCAAUGAUGUCAGUCUGGUAGAAGACAGUGGUUUGAUCUUUACAGCCAAUGAAGGCAUUCAGAUGGGAUCCUAUUUUAUUCCCCAAUUGGGCCCUGCUCCUCGAUGGGCUUCUUUCCUCGAAAACUUGACAGAAGAAAUGGAAGAAAAUCCCAACCGCGAUGUAUACGACGAAUACAAGUUCAUUACUCGCAAAGAACUUACUGCAUUGGGCUUGGAACAUCUUUUGGGUACCAAUGUUAUCAAGGCUUAUAUGCAUGGUUUCUUUGUCGAUUUACGUUUGUAUGAAAAGGCUCGAUUGAUUGCCAAUCCUUUCGCUUAUGACGAUUAUCGUGAGCGUGCUGUUAAAGAAAAGAUUGAAAAGGAACGUGGUUCACGUAUUCGUGCUGUCAAGCAAUUGCCUAGUGUUAAUAAAGCACUUGCUAAACAACUUAUGGCUGAGCAAGAAGGUGGCAAGAAGGCCAAGACUGAUAAAACAGAACUCUUGGGCGAUAGUCGUUUCGCUGACUUGUUUGCUGACCCUGACUUCCAAGUGGAUGAAGGUUCUAAGGAAUACCAAUUAUUGCAUCCUCAAGUUAAACAAAGUAGACAUCAACGUUCAGACGAUGAAGACGAAGAGGAGGAGGAGGAGGAGGAGGAGGAGCAAAUGGAACAAGAUGAGGAUGAAGAUAUGGAUUCAGACAAGAGUGAAGCCAUGUCUGGUUCAGAUAGUGAAGAUGAUAUUGUUUCCAAGAUUCGUAAAGAAAGAGGUCUAGAAGUGCGUGAUAAAAAGAAAGCUGCUACUUCUCUUCGUACAGGCAAUAAGCGAAAACCUGAAAUGCGUAUGGGCACACUUGGCGGUAAAAUGACAAGCAAGAAUGAAAGCAAGAAAUCAUUUGGAUCAAGAUUAAAAUCAGAUAGUCGCAAGAGCGAAGGCCACAAGAUGUCUCGUACAGCUAUGGGUGGCAUGGAAAUGUCAUUUACUCCUCAAUCUAUCAAAAAGAAAAAUGAUAAGAACAAGAAUAGACGUCGUGCAUAAAUAACUAAAAUUCAUAGAGCCUCUCAUUUAAUCACAUUUUAUAUCAUUCCCUCCAAAAUAAA